AUUUUUUUUUAUUUUCGUGUUUUUAUUGUCAGUCUGAUUGACCCGAGAGACGAUCAAAAUAGUGAGAAGAUUGAAAUUUAAAUUUGCAAACUUUGAUCGGAAUUUCGUGAAAUCCGGCUCAGCCGGUAUUAUUAUAUAUUGUUUAUGAAAUACAAAUUCAUCAGGAGUUUUGAAGUGUGAUAAAAUCGUCAAAUUGUGCAUUGUUUUUUGGAUUAUUUCGUUUCAAAAAAGUUUCCAUUGAAGACUGAAUUUUGGGGCACAUCCCGAGUGGCAAAGUUGGAGCCCCAUCUUUUUUCCACACCAAAAAAAGUGUUAACAUGGAUUGAGUGAAAGAUAGAAAGCUAAUCUGUAAAGGAACAGAGGCUCAGUUUUACCAGCUGGAAAAAUUUAAACCAUGGAAAAUGAUAAUGCGACCAGUGGGGAUGGUAAUCAUUCACAGGCCAAGAAAACAAAACUGUCGGAUGACCAUAACAAGACAGAAAUAGUGUCCACGGAGGCGGUAGCGGAUGUAACAAAAGAGGAUGAUGCUUCAUUAUCGCUGCCAUCUUCGUCCGGAAUGGUGUUUACGGUAGAAGGCGAUGGCGAUGUUAAAAUGUCGGAAUCAGACGACAAGGAUGACAGCAGUAGCGACAAAACGCUUCCACUUAUAAACUCUCCAGAAGUAACCGAACCAUCGAAAAUGAGCGUAGAAGACGAAACAAUAUCUUCAUCGCCGCUGCCUACAGAGCAGAGCACGGGCGUAACGGAAGCCACCGAAGAUAGUUCGGUGACCCUGGAGAGUCCCGAUCGUACGGAAAGUGCACCAGAAGCCAAGGCAACAACGUCCGCGACAUUGGCUACCGCACCGACAGCGCCAGGGGACGAUGCAAACAAUGCGCCAGCGAAUGACGUUGCCGAUGCUGCCUCUGCGGCAGUAACUGAGGGACGUCGUAAUCGGCCCAACAGGACCAGGCACCGGUUCCGUGGUCGUAACUAUCGACUUCGUUCGAACUCAUCCGGCUCAGAGCAGGCAGCGCAGGAUGAGACCAAUGAUGAUCCGGACGUAGCAGCGAUCAUCAGACGUUUAGUGGACGAAAUCAACCAAGAGGGCAGCGCUAGUCACGACGACGAAGAUCCUGGAGGUAACAAUGACGGUGACGACGAUGACGAUAAUGAUGCCGAUGGCAAUAGCGAUACGUCGUCUGCGGAUUCGGAUGAUUCAGAUUCGUCACCGGCGGUUUCGGAAGACGACGAUGACGAUGACGAUAGCGAUGAUAGCGAUAACGAAGUUGGAGAAGAAAAUAAUGCCAACGAGCAGAUCGACGUUGCGAAUCUUCCGUUCAUGCAAAUUGGCAGUGUAAAAAAUCGAUGGAACUACUUCCGCGACAUUCAACUUCGUUCGUCUGGCUUGGCGUUACGAAGCAAAGUUGCGCUCGGUGGUUUCGGCUAUAUUUCAUUCGGGUUUCAAUCUCGUGCCUAUGGGUCCAAACAUCUAGUGGAACGCUUGGAUCUGUCACAUCGUCUCUGCGAACACGAAGGAUGUGUGAAUAGCUUAAACUUUAAUUCGACUGGAACGCUGCUGGCCAGCGGGUCCGACGAUCUGAAGAUCAAUCUGUGGCACUGGCAGACGAAUAAGCUGAUGCAGUCGAUCAGCAGUGGUCAUCGUUCUAAUGUGUUCCAGACCAAGUUUGUUGAUGCUAGCGGGUAUCGAGGUGAGAUAGAAAUCAUUUCAACUGGAAGAGACGGGCAGGUUCGUCAAACCCGAGUUGGGCCGGCAGGGAAUGUCACGCGCACGGUCCUGUUCAAACAAAGUCAGCCCAUUCACAAAAUCGCCAUUCCGGCGCGGAGUCAGUAUGAGUUCCUGACGGCUUGUGAAGAUGGCAUUAUUAAAAGUUACGAUCUACGUGACAACAUUUCCAAGCGAGUUACGAAUGUCAAGAAGCGACUGUACAGCAUCUCUACGCACCCGCUGGAUAAUGAGUUUUGUGUGUCGGGUAAUGACGAAUCUGUCCGGGUGUACGAUCGGCGGAAUCCAUCCAAACCAAUGAAAUUUCACUACGCGGCUCACAUGAAAACGAAAAAGGAUCACUACACCGUGACUUGCGCAGUGUACAACAGCACUGGCACGGAGAUUUUGGCCAGCUGCAGCGACGAAGACGUCUUCCUGUUCGACAACGUAAACCAUGAAGAAGGGAAAUUCCUCCAUCGGUAUAGUGGACACUGUAAUAUGAAGACCAUCAAAGGUGUCAACUUCUUCGGUCCUAACUCGGAGUUCGUAGUCAGCGGAAGCGACUGCGGCAAUAUCUUCUUCUGGGAUAAGCAAACCGAAGUCAUCGUCAAUUGGCUUCACGGGGAUGAUUCCGGGGUUGUCAAUUGCCUAGAACCGCAUCCGGAGUUCCCCAUAAUGGCUACCUCGGGACUGGAUGAUGACGCCAAGAUCUGGAUCCCAAAGGGAGCAGAAGAUGAGCAAGAAACGCCCGUGUUUUCGCGAGAGAACUUGCAAAAGUGCGUGAGGCGAAACUUGCGAAACCGCCAGGCCAAUCGCUGUGCGUCGUAUAGCGAAGAUCGCAUUCUGGAUUUUCUCAUGUUCAGCCGGCAGGGAAUUGGUGGUCGCUUACGCCGCCCCUUUUCCUCGGACAGCGAAGAUCAAGCGGAUGGCGAUGGUAAUGGCGGAAGUGCCGGCAGCGGAACCAGACGACACGGUGGCGGAGGGCGGCGUGGUCGCGGCGGCGAUGGAGGCGGCGACGACGACGAUCGCAUGAUCUUGCAGUGCAGCCAAUCGUAGGGGCGGGUGCUGAUGUUUAUGUCCGCUCUGAUGGCCUUUGCGUAGCGGAAGGAAGGCAAGUAAAAUGUUGUGAUCUUAAUGGAAAUUUUCUAAAACCGAUAAUAGUAGUUUAUUAUCGGAGGUGAUCCUUUCGUGCACACCUAUUAGUGCUGCAACGGUAAAUAAAAAAAAAUAUCCCGUUUAUUAUUUGUUUGAGGAAAAUAUCGUUUAAGACUGCCCGACUAUAGGCUGCUUGUCCUAUUUUCAUCUCAUCAUACUCUCACUAUGGCACAUUUGGUUUAGAUAUUUUAGCAUGUUAUACAAUAUCUUUAGUUAUUAUGAGUUAUAACUGCGCUUUUGAUUUAUUUCCAUUGAUAUCUAUUAUGAUGAUUUAAGAUAAAUUAUUUCAUGCUACUAAGUCAUAAAAUGUCCUGAUAUCGACAGGAGAGCAAUUAAAAAGCCAAUCCAUACUAUUUCGACCAGCCUAAAACCCUGAAUAAAAAGAUUAACAAACUUUGUUUUCAAAUUGAAGUAAAUGAUUAAAUAGAUAAGAUGCAGCUUAGAUAUUUUGAAUGUUUUGUUUCGCUUUCUUUGCUUGCAGUCUUUGUUGGUUAUAAUAUUUUAUUAGCCCAAAACUAUUAAAGGGUACUUGUAUAUGCAAUUUUAAGAGGUAAAUAAAUUACUUAUAUUGCUGAGAA